AUGGGUGGGAAAUUCUGGCUGGAAUGGGUAUGAUAGGACCCUUUCUAAGUUGGAAGGGGUAUGUAUGCAGUAAGAAAAAAUUUUCCUUCUUUUCUCUUCUUUUCUUUCGCAUAACCGGCUUAGUCCUUUCCCUUCCACUACACCCCCGCAAGGUCUUUUUUUAUCAUACUUUCACUUUUUCCUUUCCCACGAGGUCUAUCACUUACUCGAGUACAAACGUACCGUAUCGCGGAAGCUACUGCCCUGUUCCUUAUCCUGUCUGGCCGGUUCCGCGACCUUAUCCAGAGCACGUGAGGCGCACAAACGGCAAGAAGAGGAAGAAGAAGAAGGAUGUUAGCGAUCCGCCAAAUAUUGCGAUCACGGCGGCUCGCGCCACCAUCACAGCUAAUGCGAAGGAGGAGAAAUUUCCACAAUACGCCUUCCCCAUGUGUUCGGCCCAGUUGGAGCAGUCUUGGGCCACUGGUUGCCGAGCAGGAGUUGGAGUCUAUGCCGCCUAUGGGCUUUGGCGGUGCGGGGGGUUGUUUGGAGGGGGCUUUGGAGAGGGCGAAAAAGGGUGUCGCGGCAGAAUAUAGAAUAGGUCCUUUGGAUCAGUAUGAGAUGCUGGUCAGCGAGGGUCGAUUGAAGGAUGAUCAAUAUCAGAGAGGCGAGCAUUGUGCGAGAGCUUCACGAGCUUCAUCAGAAACUCAAAGAGUACAAACCGCCAACGCACUCCUCAGAUAUACAUCCCCAACUCCGGUAUCGACACAAAUCCCGGAGGAUCUGCCCCGAGGGCUAUACCUCUAUGGCGACGUUGGAUCGGGCAAGACCAUGUUGAUGGACAUGUUCUAUAACACGCUCCCACCGAGCAUAACGUCUAAAACCCGAAUUCACUUCCACCACUUCAUGCAAGAUGUGCACAAACGACUGCACAAAUUGAAGCUCCAGCACGGCCCGGAUUUCGACGCGAUACCCUUCGUCGGGGCGGAUAUAGCCGAGUCCGGAUCGGUGCUGUGCUUCGACGAGUUCCAGUGUACGGACGUCGUGGACGCAAUGAUUCUGAGAAGAUUGUUGGAGUUCCUGAUGAGCCAUGGCGUAGUCAUGGUUGCGACGAGUAAUCGACAUCCAGACGAUCUGUAUAAAAACGGUAUCCAAAGGCAGUCCUUUAUCCCUUGCAUAACGCUGUUGAAGACAAAACUCACAGUCAUAAACCUGGAUUCCCCCACUGACUACCGGAAGGUGCCCCGGCCCGCCAGUGGCGUCUACCAUCAAGGCCUCGGCCCUGAUGCGCUGACCCACGCGAAUAAAUGGUUUAGCUAUCUCGGUGAUUCCAAAGACAUCCCUCGCCCCGCCACUCACAGGAUUUGGGGAAGAGAAGUGAACGUCCCCUUAGCGAGUGGCAAGGCGGCUCGGUUCAGGUUUGAUGACCUCUGCGGGAAACCCAUGUCCGCUGCCGAUUACCUUGAGCUAUGUAGGCAUUAUGAGGCGUUUGUUGUCACAGAUGUUCCAGGGAUGGAUCAUAAGAGCAGAGACCUCGCAAGGAGGUUCAUCACAUUUGUAGACGCAGCUUAUGAGAGUAAGGCUAAACUGGUCUUGACCACUGCUGUUCCGCUAUCUCAACUAUUCGUCUCGGCCGCCGAGAUAGGUGCCGCGAGGGAGGAAGUCGAGGGUCAUGAUCUGGACGCGAGCAUGAGAAGUCUCAUGGACGACUUGGGACUUGACAUGAAGAUGUUGAAGAAUAGUAGUAUUUUCUCCGGAGACGAGGAGAGGUUCGCUUUUGCGAGGGCCCUUAGCAGGCUAAGUGAGAUGGGAAGCGUGCAGUGGGUUGAGCGGUAGUAAUAGUUUUUUUUUCCCUUCAGUCCUUUUCUUUUUUCACGUUAGAUUAGAGGGGGAAUAAAUUUAUAAGAUAUGUUAAGUAGAUUCCCUUAUCAUGCAUGCUUGCAUGCCUCUUUGUCAUUCCUUAAUUCUUGACUGGCUGGCUGGAGGGGGGAUUGUGUGGGUGGGUGGUGGUGGUUGGUUGGAUACUGUUUACCGCUGAUAAGUUUGAGGCGAUAAGGACGGUAAAACUAGCAACCAUUUCCUAUGGGCAUAAGUGAAUUAAUAUCAAUUCCCAUGCA